AUGGCGAAGCAAACCAGCAAAAAGAAGAGAAAGUUUGUAGCGGACGCAAAGUUCUACGCUGAAUUGAAUGAGGUUCUCACAAGAGAGUUUGCAGAGUAUGGUUACUCUGGUGCUGCGGUUAGGGUUACUCCAGUGAGGACCGAGAUUAUCAUCAGAGCUAAACGUGCCCUAAACGUUCUCGGUGAGAAAGGGAGGAGAAUCUGGGAAUUGGCAUCACUUGUGCAGAAGAGAUUCAUGAAAUUCGAUCUCUUAGUAGUGCUUCUUCUGAUACUCUAUGUAGCUUGUGUUUGGAAAAUACUGAUGAAAGAUGCAAAUGAUUGUUAA